CCGAAUUACGAUUCUUGUUUUACGGAUUCUAUUGUUCAAUAGAACAAAAUCUCUGCAUUUCACUUAUUUUUGUUGCGAAUUCCACCAGUUCGGUGCAAUGGCUCUCAAUCUCCAUUGUUACUGUUCUUCGACUCGCUUCCUUCCUCUCACUCCCAAAGCUCCGUCGGAAGUUCUUCGCUCCGAUCGUCUGAAUCGCGCUUCAAAAUUGAGCGCAGAUUCGACUAAAUUCCACACAAUACGAAACUCCGCGAACUCGAACAACCAAUUGACGCUUAGAACUUGCAGAAAUUGCAAGACACAAUUUGACCCCUCCCUCAAUCACCCUCGAGCUUGCCGAUUUCACACCGCUCAUUUUGGAGGUGAAACAAAGAGAAAGUUUGAAAGUGUACACACAGGAGGAACAAUGGACACUCCAGACUCUGGCAAGGUUUUUCAAUACUGGCAUUGCUGUGGGUCUGAGGAUCCUUUCGAUCCGGGAUGUACUGCUGCUCCACACUCCUCCUACGAUGACAGUUGAUACGUUAAAUCGACAAAUUUUCUCGAGGUUCCCUUCUUUCAGGAAAAACUCUUGAUUCUUUUUUUACCUGAAGUCAUAUGUAAAACUGUACAUAUUUAUAUCCUAUCUAAAUUAACUAUCUACUAGUGCAGUUUUGGGUACAUGUUUAUGUGUAUGAUGUCUAUCAUUGUCAAAGAAAAUCUAAAUUGUUUACUUCUAAUGCAAAAAUCCAUUUUUCUUCA